CUCGGGUGGGGUCUGCGGAGCUGUGUGUGCGCUUUGCUUUCCGUGCUGCUCUGCGGCUCAAAGCCGGGAGCGGUGAGCAGGCAGAGAGCUUUCCGUCCCAGCGAGGUGCGUGGCUUUUAGUAGCCGAGCAGUCGCUGCGGAGCGGGGACAGCCUGCACCGCGAUGGCCGGCUUGAAAACUUGAAAGACGGAACUUCAGACGGAGCUCGAGCUGCGAGACCGCUCUUAAAUAAAGCAUUUCCGAGGCGAACGCGGCCGGUGGGGCGCUGAUUUGGAGCCUUUUGGAGCCGAUGGUGACUUGCACCAAAGGCUCCAGGCUCAUGGUCUGCAGCACCAUGCAAGAUCCCAGCCCUCGCUCUGCGAGCCAGAGGUGAAUCCAUGGGAAGGCCAGCUAUUGUGGUAGCUGUCAGGAUGACCAAAGCACGGCUCCUCCGUCUCUCUGUGGUGCUGGUCUCCAUCUUCAUGAUCCUCCUGAUCAUCGUCUACUGGGACAACGUGGGAACAGCUCACUUCUACCUGCACACAUCCUUUUCCAGGCCUCAUUCCCCAGAGUCCAUCCCCGGUAUCACUGCAGGUGGGGACUGGGAAGCCUUGCCAGAGGUGGAUGAGUUUUUAGCAAAGCUGCUUAGUUCAAGCCUGAAACAGAACAGCUCUACUUCCCGAAAGACAGAGCAGCUGCUCGUCCAGGGCUCCAACAAGCCUGUGGUGAGCAAUUUGGAGGAGAACAUACGGGGCUAUGACUGGUCGACGCACAAUGCCAGAAACAGCUUGGACCAAGAGAAGCUGCAGAUAGAGAGGCAGAGAACGCUGCGGGAGUUUUGUGCCAAUUCCAGCUUUGCCUUCCCCACCAAGGAGCGCUCCUUUGAUGACAUCCCAAACUAUGAGCUCAACCAUCUGAUUGUGGAUGACCGCCACGGCAUCAUCUACUGCUACGUCCCCAAGGUUGCCUGCACCAACUGGAAACGGGUGAUGAUUGUGCUGAGUGAGAGCCUGCUGGACCAAGGAGUCCCAUACCGGAACCCCCUGGACAUCCCACGGGAGCACGUCCACAAUACCAGCACCCACUUGACUUUCAACAAAUUCUGGCGUCGAUACGGGAAAUUCUCCCGGCAUCUCAUGAAGAUCAAACUGAAGAAAUACACAAAGUUCCUCUUCGUGAGGGACCCUUUUGUCCGCCUCAUCUCUGCCUUUCGCAGCAAAUUUGAGCUGGAGAACGAGGAGUUCUACCGGCGUUUUGCCAUCCCCAUGCUAAAGCUGUACUCCAACCAUACCAACCUUCCCACCUCUGUUAGUGAGGCCUUCGGGGCCGGCCUCAAAGUCUCCUUUUCUGACUUCAUCCAGUACUUACUGGAUCCCAGGACAGAGAAGAUGGCCCCUUUCAACGAGCACUGGCGGCAGGUGUACCGGCUGUGCCACCCGUGCCAGAUAGACUAUGAUUUCAUCGGGAAGCUGGAGACGCUGGAUGAGGACGCUGCUUAUCUCUUGCAGCUUCUCAAGGUGGACAGGCUGCUCCGCUUCCCCCCCAGCUACCGGAACAGGACUGCCAGCAGCUGGGAGGAUGACUGGUUUGCUAAAAUCCCCCUGGCUUGGAGGCAGCAGCUCUACAAGCUGUAUGAGGCAGACUUUGUGCUCUUUGGCUACCCCAAGCCAGAAAACUUGCUUAAAGACUAAAAGUGAUUGGGCUGCGGGUGGGGGAGGGAACAUCUGAAAUACCAAAAAUGUUUAAAGCCUCCUCAUUAUUUUUUUUUUGCUUUUACCUCCCUUUUCCAUAAAGGUUGGUACAAUGGAAUAUA